UCUGAUCCUCGUGGACCCGGUGUGGGCAGAUGGGGGACCGUUUGGUUAACCCGGUUCAGUGUAGCAGGACAUUCAUCGCUGCCUCUUUUGAAAUCUAGUUUUCAAGGGCGAGCCAGGAGGGAGAUGGAUGCUUGCUCGAUAAUAGGAGAAAGCACGGAUGCGAUUGUGAUGGAUGAUUCUCCCACAGAUGAAAGGGAUAUUCAGGAGGCUUGCCAAAGUGAAAUCCCGGCGGUUUCUCUGUGCCCUCCUGACCGUGUGUGCUCUGGCGAGUCCCCGUUGUCAGUCAUCCAGUCGGAGGGGGAGCUAUGUGACAGUUGCAGCAGCCUCGGCAGACCCUCUUCCUCCUGCCAGCUUUAUCACCAAGUCCCCCAGGGUACUCGAGGUGGGGCCUCCAACUCGCCACAGCCCAAAAAAUGCCCCCACUGCAGCCAUCACGACUGUCAUUCAAACACAACAGGCCCUCGUGCUAAAGGAGGCGUAGCGGUGAAAGUGGGACAUAGCUGUAGUUCUGCUCAUCAGACGUCACGUCAUGGCGCAGUGAGGUGUCACUGGCUGCACGGGUCAAAUGAAAGUGGGGCACAGAAACCAACACAGCGACAUGUGGUGACAGUAAGGGAUGGAGGACUUUACUGCAUCCUCAGAAAUUAUUCCCAGGUGAUUGCGGACUACCCAUUAGCAGUGUUGGUGGGUUGUGCUGUGCUGCUGCUGGGCUGCUCAUUGGCGGGACUCUUCAUUGGUCCACUGCCAGACUUCUCUGAACCUCUGCUGGGUUUUGAGCCGCGGGGAACAUACAUCGGAGUUCGCCAGUCCAGCUUAUCUGGGCUGCAGGAGAACACCGGCCCAGGGAAAACUUUGUCUCCUUUACCACAGCAGCUCAGUAAAAGUUUUGGGGAUGCUGUCAAAGGAGACAGUAGUGGUGGCCAAGACACAUCAAGACUUCGCAUCAAGAGGAUGCUGGCCAGAGACUCAUCCCCAGACACCUUCCUCUGUGAUGCUCCAGGCGAGCGUUUAGCCCAGCUGGUGUUCCGAUCAGAAAACUCAGCCAGUCUCUGGAGCCUGAAGGCCAUCCACGCCAUGUGUGAGAUGGAGCAAUCCAGGAUUCGCUCCCAGGCUCAGUUUCAGGACCUCUGCCAGCAGCAUGUGAGGGUGGAGGCUGAGGGAACCUCCAGAAGCGGCUGCUGUCCGAGCUGGUCUCUGGGGAAUUACUUGGCUGUCCUCACUAAUGCCUCCUGCUGCCUCAGCCUCACCUCACACCAGGUUUCUGAGUCUCUGAGCCUUCUACGAAAGUGUGCGUUGUACUAUCAUGAAGGACAUCUAGUGGAAGCCUGUGUCGGCAGACCCAAAAAUGGCGGCUGCUCGUCUGUCCCAUCCCGCUGCAAACAGUCGCGCGUGGUGUUCCAGAUCCUGCACUUCCUGGUCGAUAAAGACUUCCUUGGCCCGCAGACUGUUGAAUACCAAAUCCCAACACUAAAGUACAGCCUUCUGUUCUUACCUGUCGACAAAGGGGAGCACAUGAUGGAGAUAUACAUGAACAGUCUUGAAAGCAGAGAUCUGACCUAUAAUAAUACGACUAUCACUGGCAUGGACUUUGGCAUCAAGCAGACGCUGUUCAAGCAUUACCUAGCAAGAGAUUCAGUUUAUCCUGUCCUAGCUGUUGUUUGUCUUCUUUUCACUAUGGCCCUGUAUCUCCACUCUCUCUUCAUCGUAGCAUUAUCUGUUAUAGCAAUCACAGGCUCCCUCCUGACCUCUUAUUUCUUCUACAAAGUAGCAUUUCGCCUGACUUUCUUCCCCCUAGUCAACCUUUCUGCAGCUCUUAUUCUCUUGGGAAGCUGCUCAAAUCAGGUUUUCAUCUUUGCUGAUUUCUGGAAUCUGCAGCUAUCCCAGAACCCCUCAGCCUCCCUGGAGAAGAGAGUACACAGAGCUUUGCAGGAAGUUGGCUAUUUGAUUUUGGCGUCCGGGUUGACCUCCAGCGCAGCGUUUUUCUCUGGUUAUCUGAACAGCAUCACAGCAAUCAGAUGUUUCUCUGUAUAUCUUGGAACUGCCUCUCUCAUCAGCUCAAUCCUGGCAUUAGUGUGGCUGCCGUGCUCUUUCGUUCUGCGAGAGCGCUACACAGAGGUGUCCUCUGCAUCUUUAGCAGUGCAAGGAUGGAAACCAUGCUGCUCAAAAAACGCCGGCGGCUUCUGGGAUACGAGUUCACGCAAGAGAUGCCUCUUUACUCUUGGCCAGAAGCUGAGAGAAUUAAAACGAGGGCUCACUGACACUUCAAAUUUAUUGUUUCUGAAAAUCUUGCCUUGUGGAGUGGUAAAGUUUCGGUACAUCUGGGUGUGCUGGUUUGCAGUGCUUGCUGCUGGGGGCACGUACAUGUCCUGCAUUGACCCAGGCAUGAAGCUGCCCACCUUAGAAAGCAAGGUCACCCAGCUUUUCCGCUCCAGUCACCCGUUUGAGAGAUACGACGCAGAGUAUCGCCACAUGUUUAUGUUUGAGAGACAGAGAAAUGGAGAGGAUAAGCCGGUUACACUAAUGCUCGUUUGGGGUGUCAAACCAACAGAUAACGGCGAUCACUUUGACCCUAAAAGCAAUGGCUCUUUGGUUCUUGACCCAGACUUUAACAUGAGCCGACCAGACGCUCAGGUCUGGUUAAGGGAUCUGUGUGGAAGGGUCCAGAACCAAAGCUUUUAUUCCCCUUCAUCACCUGAGGAUAGAAAUGUUAUGACAGACAAUAUCUGUCUUGUGGAGCAGCUAAUACACUGGGUAUCAGUCAGGCGGUGCUCAGAGAGUGAUGAUGCCCUUCACUUCUGCUGUAAUGACAUCCCUUUCCCCUACCCUCCCGGUGUUUUUGAGAACUGCCUCAGUAUGAUGCUGGCAGAGAGAUACGCUGAGGGCCAUCUGGCACACAGUGGAGGCCUGUACUUCCAGCCAGAUGGCAGGAUUGCUGCCCUCGUGUUGGAAUUCAAAACCACAUACCUCUACAGCUUCAACUUCAGCAGAACCAGUGUUUUUUACAGAGAGAUCCUGUCGUGGUUUAACAGAGAAAUAUCAGGGGCACCACAAGGGCUGGAGAACGGCUGGUUCAUCAGUCAACUGUCUCUUUUCGAUCUACAACAGUCCUUAAGCUCAGAGACUCUGGUAGUAGCUGGCUUCUCAGUAGCUCUAACAUUUGUUUUGCUUCUUCUAACCACCUGGAAUAUCCCACUGAGUAUAUAUGGGACUGUAGCUGUAGGAGGCAGUGUGUUCGUCACAGUCGGCCUCCUGGUACUUCUUGAAUGGCAGCUGAGUGGCAUCGAGGCUCUGUUUAUAUCAUCAGCAGCAGGACUGUCUGUUGACUUUAUAGCUAACUAUUGUAUAGCCUACAGCUUGGCUCCUCAUUCAGACAAAAUUGGGAAAGUAGCACACUCAACUAAAAGGAUGGGAUGCCCUGUAGCAAUAGUUUCUGGUGCAUUUUUCUCCAUGGGGAUCAUCAUGUUGCCUGCCACAGCCUUGUUGUUCAGAAAACUGGGGAUUUUCCUGUUUUUGGUGAAGUGUGUAGCAUGUGGAUUUGCAACCUUCUUUUUCCAAUCCCUGUGCUGCUUUUUUGGACCCCAGAAAAACUGUGGAAAGAUCAGACUGCCAUGUUUUUCAUACCAGACUGAUGGCGUGCUGUCCUCUUGCUCGGCAGCAGAACCUGGUUCCUCCUCGGCUGCUAACGGGGCCUUUGGCAGAUCUAGAGUGAGGAGGAGUUAUGACAAAGAGGCAGGAGGCUAUCUCUACCCCAACCACCAACGUCAGCACAGACAAAAACCGACUGGAGGAGGAGGAGGAGGUGGGGGCAGAGGGCCGGAGCAGUACGAGCUGCAGCCGCUGGCUUACCGGCUGAGUGACAGCUUUGAGAACAGCACCUGCACCAGCAAACUGUCCAACCGGCCUUCUGUGCUCUCUGAUGAGAUCGAAUAUUGUGGAAGAGAUAUGGGAAGAAAUAGCAUGGAUGGGAAUAGUGAGGAGAUUUGCAGUCGUCAACAUAAGAUCUGCCAACCACCUCCCGCCCUCCAGACUUCAUCUCCUUACAAAGAAAGCACCCUGCGGCCUGUAGGGCCGGCACAAGACGACGUCACUAAGGACAAGCUGCUGUGUAAGACAUGCAGAGGUCAGUCUGGUGGGGUGAAGCACUGGGGCAAUACAUCCUUCUCCUCAUCUUCUAGCAUACAGGAGACUAUAAUCAGCCACACGCUGGAGAGCAUUGACCAGCCAUCUCUCUGCAAAGAGGAACAAACCACAGAGGAGUGUCUCCAUCACUGCUCCCACAGAGCGCACCUCUCUUCCCAGUCCCAGAGCUCCUGCGAGGGUCCGGAGGAUUCCUGUGAAACUUGCCUCAGUGACAUCCAGCCUGGGCCUUCAAACACGCAGCAAGAUGAAGAAGGAGAAGGAGAGACCCAGUUACAACCAGGAUACCUCAACGGGAAGAGAGAUACGCUUCGUCUCUCACUGAAAGAAACUGUUUAUGAGACUUGUAAUAAGGGCCGCACCAGUCAGAGUGAAGAAGUUGUUAUUUUACCCAACAGUAAGCCAGACUUACCAGAUGUUUGGAUAAAGAGAGACGGACAACGGGAGGAUACAUGUUGAGCAAAGUUAGAGGAAUCUUUGCAAACACUGUUCAUUAAAUGCUCUGAAUUUAUAAAAAAGGAAUACACAAGCAUAUAGAAAUUACAAAAGGAGCAUAAACUGUUACUUACUCAAAAGGAAAUACACCGAUCAGCCACAACAGUAAAACCAGUAACUGGUUUUACUGUUGUGGCUGAUUGGUGUAUAAGCAAACUGCAAAUGUAACACGUGACAGCAUGUUUGUCUAAUGUUGCUGCUAAGGAUGUUACAGUUUCUGUUACAAAUGAGGUCAAAGCCCGAGUGUUUCUUCAGCGAAAGGUCAAAUCAAGGCACGACUUGUUCAACCCAGCAUUUUAAGAAAGACAGUAGAAGAUGAAGCUUUCUUUUCUGCCACAAUUUUGCACCAAUGUUUCACUUGAAGAAACCACAGCUAUAGUGUGUUAUCAGCAUAAAAAAACCAAAACAUUAACUACUGUAUCUCCUGCUGCAGAAUUUACUUUGUGCCUGGAACUUUUUAAGAUCUGGAUCUGUACACUCUGCACAGACUGGGUUAUCAACAAAUACAGUGCCACCUGUGUGCAACUGCUGGCCUUUCACCAUGCUGGAACCGACCUUAAUGAGCCAUAUACAUUCAUGGACUUAAGAACAUUAAAAGAUAAAUGUGAGAUAUACAGAGAAACAGCUGCAUUAUGUGCGCCUGUGUACAGAAUUACACAGUAGAAAGGCAAGAAUCAAUCACUAUCACAUCUACAGGAGCAAAUAACUGUCACUUCACUACAGUCAGCUGAUUUUGCACUUUGUGACGAUAAUAUGUACAGUAUGUACAGUAUGUUCUCUGUGACCACGACGUAGAAAAUCAGAAACGUGUCAUUUGUAGUGUCAUGGCUUGGUUACAUUUAAUGUUUCACUGUCAAAUUAAAAAUAUUGCUGUUUAUUCCAGUGUCAGUGCCAAAAAAUGUAAUGUCUGUACUGUACUGAUUCUAAAAAGGGAAAAAUGGUUUCUAAUGGAGAUGUAACACUAUAUUGUGGGUUUAUAAACUGUUGGCGACUUACGGUGCAUACUGUUCCUGGAUCGGUGGAUGUCAGUAUAUGCCUUAGCCUUUGUAAAGAAGCAGGAGUGAUCUCUAAUUGCAAUUUCCAAAGCAGUACUUGUAGCAUCACAUGCCAAUGCUUCGACAGCUAAUAAUUUGUAUAUAAACCUUGCUGCAGCACUGUUAAGAGAAACUCCAACACGCAGCCCUCUAAGGAACAGAAAGCCUUUAUCUGCAUCCCAUCCCUUAGUUGAGAUGUCACAUCACGUGUCUCAAUACCAUUUAGGUAGCAGUAUUUAUGACAUGAGCAGCAUGUACCGAAUGUCUAUCAACAGGUUGUUUUAUAAGCUGAAAAAGCUAAAAUAUGUGUGUGUUUGUGCAAAGGAUGUGUCCUUUAAAAAAUAAGAGAGGUGUUUAUGGUCCUAAAUAUGAUGUUAUGUAUAAAACAAAGGUUUUGAAGGCACAGUGUUCGUGUUGGAGCUUUGACAAGAAAAGACAUAUGAAAUGUACCUAUGAGCAGGGUUAUUUUCAAGCUUUAUCAUUGUAAGAAGUGUUUGCUUUUGCCAUCUUAACUGUAUAAUAAUUCUUCAAUGAGCCUUCACUUUUAAAAAUCAAUCAGCAGACUAAUCUGCCUUAGAGAUGGAUGAAAUCAAUCACAGACUUUCUAUGAACAGAAGAAA